UUCGCAGUCCGGGAUGAUGAGACGCGGAGGGGGCUGCGAGGGGCAUGCAACAGAGUACCGAGUGGCUCUUGUAAAUAUUUAUAUUGCAUGAUUAUAUGCGAGAGAGAGGAGGUGUGUAUGCGUGCUUUGUGGGGAGGGGGGUAGAGAAAGAGAGACAGGCGGAGGAAGAGACCUCAAGCCACCCAGUUAUUAAUAUUAUUCCACACCGCUAAGUUUAGCAUUCAACACGUGUCGCUAGUGAUGGAGAGAGAGAGGCAGGAGGCGCGCGCGCGAGAGUGAGGGAGGUUGACGGUUGCUAGGUGACGAGGCGCAUAUACUGAAUUUUAACAAAAGAGCGGAGAACGAGGGAGAGAGAGGAGGGAGAGGGAGAUAGGUAGAGAGAGCUCGCGAAAUUGAAUACAUGUAGAAUAUAAUAUAUUUCUAGGUGUAUUUUCCCCGGAGAAACCGCAAAAAGGAUACCUCGAGGGGAAUGAUGUGAAGAGAAUGGAGGGCCGAGGGGGGACAGGCGCGUGAAAAACACAGCUUUCUCUAUUUGUGCCCUCUCGUUUGGCCUCCUUGUUUGUUGCCAUGGUCACAGUACCCACGCUAUCUCUGCUAUUGGCCCUGGUAGAAUGGGUGGGUCAGACCAGCUCCUCCCCUCAUCUCUUGCUCCGCCCUCGAGAGCGUGAACGGGACCCGGUGGCAUCAAUGCACUUCAACAUUGCAGUGAUCCACGCAGGCUCAACGGUUCAACAAGGGGAAGCGGGGGCUGCGGCGGCUUCGGGCAGGGUGCCUUUCGCGGGCUUCGGACGUGUGCACAGCAGCUUCGGCGAGAGCGUCGUCACCCAGUGGGGAUCCGCAAACGUAAUCUGGCUUCAGGUAAAUGACAGCAGCCCAAGGACGUUGCUUUCUCAGCUAUGUGACCUGCUGGCAUCCAGACCCCUUCAGGGACUUGUGUAUGAAGAUGAGAGACCCCUCCCGCUGGCCUCCGGCCCCCUGGCCCCCAUGCUGGAGUUUGUCUCGGCCCAGACCGGCCUCCCCAUCGUUGCUGUUGGAGGGGGAGCGGGUCUGGGCAGAGUACCACAGGAGACCGGCUCAAUCUUCCUACAGUUCAGCUCCUCCACCACGCUCCAUUUGGAGGUGAUCUUUGAGGUGCUGGAGGAGUACGAUUGGACAGCCUUCUCGGUGGUGUCCACACGUCACCAUGGCUACCAGGACUUCCUGUCAGUGGUAGAAGGUUUGACCGACGGGUCAUUCAUCGGUUGGGAGAAGAAGAGCGUAGUGAUGUUAAACUUAACCGAUGACCCAGGAGGAGCACGCACACGGCGACUACUGAAAGAGAACGAAGCACAGGUGCGGUUGUUGUACUGCUCUCAGGAGGAAGCAGAACAGGUGUUCCAAGCCGCUUGGGCAGGUGGUCAGGCCAGCGCCUCCCACAUAUGGUUCGCGGUGGGUCCGGCUCUUUCCGAACUGGGCCUCACCGGACUACCCAAUCGUCUAUUUGCGAUCAGGCCGCAGGGCUGGAGGGACGAGCCCCGCAGACGUAUCGCCCGUGGCGUGUCCAUCCUUACUCACGGAGCUGUUGCCCUGCGCAAGGACUACGGAGCAACUGGAGGGCCACACUUUGUUACCAACUGCCAGACGGAUGGGAACAGGACGCAGAGGAUUCGCGGUAGAAUGAAGUAUUUCAGUAACAUCACUCUCGGUGGGCGGGACUAUUCUUUUAAUAAUGAGGGCUACCUGGCCAAUCCCUUUCUGGAUGUCAUCUCCUACACGGCCGGGAGUGGCUGGGAAGACGUAGGAUGGUGGGAGAACGGGGUGUUACGUCUGAGAUACCCGGCGUGGUCUCGCUACGGCCCUUUUCUGCAGCCACCCGACGAUGCCCAGCACCUGAGGGUUGUAACCCUGGAGGAGCGCCCCUUUGUUAUUGUGGAACUGGCAGACCCUGCUUCUGGAACCUGCAUUAGGGACUCGGUGCCAUGCCGGCGGCCUCUCAAUGCCAGUGCACUUCAGGAAGGGGUGGCACCUGUGAAGCAGUGCUGCAAGGGAUUUUGCAUUGACAUCCUUAAGCGACUGGCCAGAAUUGUGGGCUUCACCUAUGAUCUCUACUUGGUGACAAAUGGGAAACACGGGAAAAAGAUUGACGGAAUUUGGAAUGGGAUGGUGGGAGAGGUUGUGUACAAGCGGGCGGACAUGGCAAUCGGCUCCCUCACCAUCAACGAGGAGAGGUCGGAGGUGGUGGACUUCUCCGUGCCCUUCGUGGAGACGGGCAUCAGCGUCAUGGUCUCUCGUAGUAACGGAACUGUCUCUCCCUCUGCCUUCCUCGAGCCUUACAGCCCUGCUGUUUGGGUGAUGAUGUUUGUUAUGUGCCUGACUGUUGUGGCGGUGACCGUUUUCAUCUUCGAGUUCUUCAGUCCUGUAGGGUACAACCGCAGCCUUCAGAGCGGCAAGAAGGCUGGAGGUUCUAAGUUCACAAUAGGGAAGUCAAUCUGGCUUCUUUGGGCUCUGGUUUUUAAUAACUCUGUUCCAGUAGAGAACCCCAAAGGAACCACUAGUAAGAUCAUGGUUCUUGUCUGGGCUUUCUUUGCUGUCAUCUUCCUGGCUAGCUACACUGCCAACCUGGCUGCCUUCAUGAUCCAAGAGGAAUACAUUGACACUGUGUCUGGCCUCAGCGAUAAAAAGUUUCAGCACCCCACGGAGCAGUACCCCCCUCUGAAAUUCGGAACGGUCCCUAAUGGAAGCACAGAGAAAAACAUCCGCAGUAACUAUCCAGACAUGCACCAGUACAUGAUCAAAUACAACCAGAAAAGUGUGGAGGACGCCAUCUCUCACCUCAAGACUGGCAAGCUGGAUGCCUUAAUCUAUGAUGCGGCCGUGUUGAACUACAUGGCUCGUAAAGAUGAAGGCUGUAAGGUAAUGACCAUCGGCUCGGGGAAGGUGUUCGCCACGACGGGCUACGGCAUCGCCCUGAUCAAGAACUCCCGCUGGAAACGCCCACUGGACCUGGCCUUACUGCAGCUGGUGGGCGAUGAUGAGAUUGAGAUGCUAGAGCGUCUCUGGCUCUCAGGGAUCUGUCAUAAUGAUAAAAUUGAAGUGAUGAGCUCCAAACUAGACAUAGACAACAUGGCGGGAGUGUUCUACAUGCUGCUAGUGGCCAUGGGUCUCAGUCUGCUGGUCUUUGCCUGGGAGCACCUGGUGUACUGGAGGCUCCGGCACUGCAUGAGCAAAAUGGGCCAGUCCGGCAAACUGGACUUUCUACUUGCCUUCAGCAGGGGAAUGUAUAGCUGCUGCAGUUUUGAGGAUGAAACCGCACAAUGUGGGGCCAAAGUCACAGUUCCUACCCACCAUCAUACUGCCAUGGUUCCUGCUUCUUCCUCCUCACAUGUGGUCACAUCAGCUGUAUCCAAUCAAGCCAUUGCGAUGGUGCAGCAGCAGCAACAACCACAGCAGCCUCAGCCUCCUCCGUCUUACAAAACACCUCUUCCUGGAUCCCCUCCCACAAUCGUUCAUUCUGGAGCAACAUUGGGUCCCUCAAAUACUCAACUCAUGGGAGCUCCAUUGCCAUGCACUACUUUUUUACCCCGGCCGGAUCGCAGGCUGGCCGUUGUGGACCGAUGGAGACUACCCAAAACCACUAGUGCCACUGCCCCCAUGGGUGUGAGAGGAGGCCUUUCAGAAACAGGGCCAUUACCUCAAAAGGUGGCACCUACCUGGGCAAGUGCUGGAGGUACAGGAAGUGGUCUAGAUGGAUAUAAGCGCUACUAUGGACCUAUUGAUCCUGAGGGACUUGGGCCAUGUGUGGACCAACAGACAGGUUCUCAAACUCCAAAAACAGUCCCCAGAGCUCACCAACAACCCCCACCAGCCGGUGUGGCUUUCUACCAGGAGAAGGCCAUAGACCAUGGCAUGGGGAAGAAGGUGGGAGUGGGUACUGGUGGAGGGGGUCAGGGUAGAGGGGUUAAACCUCUGGGGACUCCCAGGCUGCCCCCUAAAAGCCAGGCCCCAGCCCCACUCACGCCUAACCCCCCACUGCAGCACCCCUCUCCCCCUCUCCCCUCAUCCUUCUGGAGGAAACGGCGGCCAAAAAAGCCAAAAGAGCCCGGUGGUCCAUUGUACGAAAACAUCCUGCUGCUGGGUCGGAGAGGUGGAGGUAGGGAAGCCAGUCGAAGGCCAAGACCCUCACCUCCGCUCCCCAUCCCAGUGCCAGUCACCAUCUCUCCAACCUACACUCCUCCAUCCCCCUCUCCAUCACUCCCCUGCACCUCCACGUCAUCCUCCACAUCCACCACGAGCUCCUCAACCACAUCCUCAGCCACAUCCUCACGCUCCACUUCUCCAUCAUCCACAUCUACAGAUUCAUCUCGCAGCACCCGAGACAGAGAGGCCGAGGAGGAGGAUGAGGAGGAUUUGGAUGAGUUGACUGAGGAGUCCAGUCUUCUGCAGGGCCACAACAGAACUAGGGAUAGAGAGCGGUCCAUUCUCUCUCCCAGGUCUCUUACUCACGUCCCUCCUCCUCCAAUACCCCCACGCAAACCAUGGGGCACUUUUGGAGACAGGGAACAAAAAAAGGACAGAGAAAGAGAGAGGGGGGGCAGCCAGCUAGCACAGCUCCAGGAUUGGUGGGCAGGAUGGGCGGAAAGAGAGAGAGACAGGGAAAGAAGUAGUGGAACCCAAGGAGACACAGACAGAAAAAGAGAGAAGAAACGUAGGAAAGAGAGAGAAAAGGAGAAAAAGAAAAAGAGGAAGAAAAGCAAAAAGCGGAAAAAGAGGGAGGAGCGUGAAAGGGAGAGAGAAAGGGAGAGGAAACGUCGCAAGGUAAAAAAGAAGAAAAAGAAGGCGAUGAAAACGAAAAAGAAGAAGGUGUCCUCCGCCAAGCCAUCAGAGCCAGAGGAGGGAGAUGUUGAGGCUGAAAGGGAAGGUGAGGGAGAUGGGGAUAGAGAGGGAGAUUAUUCUUUUAGCAAUCAGUAUCGUGGUGGGUUUGUUGACAAAGGCAGCCUCUCAGCUUGGGAGGGAGAGAGGGAACGGGAAAGGAGAGAAGGAGGUGAGGAUGAGGGGGAUGAAAGAGGGGAGGAGAGCGGGGGAGGUAGAGGUAGAGAGAAAAGACCCAAAAGCUCCCAUUCACGACAUCGUCCGUCCAGCAAACGUUAUCCCAACCUCAACAAACUCCCCUCAUCUGUCAAAUUCUGGGUCAGUGGAGGAGAAGCAGGGGGCACAGAGGCUUCUGGACCCUCCCCUCCCUCCUCUUUACAAACCUUCCUCUCGUCAUCUAAAAGGAGGAGGAGCAGUGGGGUAGAGAGAGAGGCAGCAGGGAGAAUGGGAGAGCGAAGGCCGCUGCUCCUCCAUUACGAAAGGGGACGAGUAAACACCAGAGAAGGCCUGUCCUUCCAUGAGUGGGACUCUGAGGAUGAGGAGGACGAGAGAGAGAGGGAACAAGAGAGGGAACAAGAGAGGGAAAGAAUAGAGGAGAGACUGAGACAGGCAGGGGGUAGAUGUGCGGUUUCAGAAUCUGAGCGGGACAGAAUACGUGCAGAGGAAAGUUUCUCAGACGAAGGUUCUUCAGGAGAGUUUGGCCGUUUUGAGAGAUAUUGGGAAGGAAAUGGAAUGGGUGGAGCUAGUGGAAUAGGGGGCGGGGGUUGGUUUUUUGGGACGUACCCCGCUCGUGAAAGAGGUGGAAGUGUCAACAGUCGUGACGACUACAUUCUGGGACGGGCUGAGGGGUGGGGUGUAGCAGGUGAUUUCUUGGGUUCAGGUCCAGGGAUCGGAUGGGGGUCUGGAGGAGGCAGUGAGGGGCUGGGGACGCAGUGGCCACCUCCUCCUACUUCACUCCCGCCCCCGCGACGCUACUGGUCAGUUGACAAACUACAAAUGAAGGGUGAGAAACGUGGCCGCAGUGGGUCAAAGAGUAAAGGUCACAGGUCUCGAGACAGAAUGCAGGACACGGCAUCGUAUGCAUGUGCACAGUAUGGACAGGGUAGGCCGCAUGUACCCCGUAAACACAGCAGUUCUCAUUCCCACAGUCAGGAGGAUCUGCUUCCUCACUGCCACAGCUUCAGCGGAGGCUCUCGGCCCAAACCACCUCCCAAACCUGACAAAUCCAAAUCUGGAAGCCAGUCCAACCUGAGCUCCCAGCAAGCCCAGCUCUCAGAACACAUAUCCCAGCCAUCACCCUCCCCACCCCAACCGCUCCUUCCCUCAUUACAGAUACCGUCUGCUCCCAACUCCUUAUCCAUGCCCAUUCCUCCACCUCCAUCUUCUGCAUCUAUGUCCCCACCUGUGCUCUCCCCCGGGGCUGCAUCAGGCUCUUCCCAGGCAGCCACGGCCAGUGCUAAGCUCCAGUACCAGAGACUUCGAUCUGUGCCCCAGCCGCGGCGAUUCUAUUCCCCCCACUUGCCGCUCAAAGCCAAGAGCCUGUGCUCACGCCGUGGUUCUGCCCAUUUCUCCAGCCUCGAGAGUGAAGUAUGACACGGGGCUUCGCUGCUGCGUGUGUGUGUGAGCUCUACUGUGAAGCGCAGCUGGAGUGUGAUCCACAUACAUGCGCCGCACCAAGACGAGGAAAACGUCCGCGAUGGUGACCUGAGCAGCAAAGAAACAACAGUCGAGGCAGGGAAUGGCUCGCCAAAUCCUACCACGGUCACCACGGAUACUCCAGCCGUGCUCCAUCUUCGGUCUGAGCUGAGUAUUAUGAUGUCCUCCGUGCUCCUCUCGUCCAAUGAGAACAGUGGAUAGGCUGGAAUCUUCUGUGAGUAAUGAUGUCAUGUUUACACAUAUACUCCCGAAAACAAGGAACAGACAUUUAUGGCAUCGUCCACAUAAACCGUGAGAUUACGGGCAUUGAAUACUGCUGUGGCUCAAACUGGCUGUUCAGUUUAUUUAGAGAUGACUUGGAAUUAAUCUGUAGUCUGAUCUGAAUGCAGUCUCAGAGAGGCUCAGAUGAGCAGCAUCAACUCACUGACUGAAAGUGUCUCCAUGGCAACCUGAUGCACAUAAAUACAAAAAUCCCCUCCUAUGUUUCUAUCUCUUUUCAGGCACAUGGCAACAGUGAUGUUGUACCAUAUGUACUGGUUUGGGUUCCUCUUUCAGGGCCAUGCUGGAAAAUUGAAGUUUGACCUCAAAGUAAAUAAGACUAAACUGUGUCACUUUGCCUGUAUUUCUACAGCAAGCUUCAGCCAAUCAGAAUCAACAUUUCAGUCAAGCUUCUGUUGUCCUAUCAGAACUUUAAUGCCAUGGUGUCACUUUGACAUCAAACAGAGAUGGCGUUAUAUUCUAAAGAGAGACGCUUCAAAAGAAAAACAAUAAGAACACAAACAAAACAAAAUGUAGCAAUUUACCCGUAUCAUUGUUUUCCUUAAUUCAGGUUUUCUUUAUUUUAUGCUAUUUAUUGCUCUCACUGUGGUUGUAUUUUAACAAAAGGGUAAACCAGCUGUGUCUGAUGUUAAAUAGUGGGAUUAUAGAUGUGAUGACAAUUUUUACAGAGUUAUUUUUUGACGACAGUCUUAUCAAAUGAUCGAAACUAGAUCCACGUUACUGCCCAGCGUGACAGUCCUAUCUUUGCAUAUAAGCAAUACUUGUCUUUCAUCAAACGAUGAUGGGUUGCAAUAUUUAUGAUUGGCACUAGAUGGCUACAUAAUAUUAAAAAACUGUAUUUUAAUGGUUAUGAAUGGUGGGCCCAUGCGUGGAUCGUGCUUGGUUUGUUUCUUACUCAUUACAUAUUCGAUCUCGAGCAGACAGCUGCAUCUGAGUGAGGUAAGGCUGUCAUUGUCAUUGAAUGACGUUAUCAAGGCAGGACUACUUCCAGUGCAUAGUUGCAUGUAAUAAAGCACAAGCUGCUGGCUCUCGUCAGUGCAAGCGAUAUCAUAUGAUAAUGAAGAGCAGAGGACAAACACAAUAAUACGUUUUUAGCUGACAGCCUCAGCCAGCCUGAAGCAUUCAACUUUAUUAGUUGCAAGACAAUUGAUGUCAAUCAUCAUGUAAAGAGAUUUUUAAAUACCUAUUUGACGUCAGGCACCGCUUAUUUGCCCAUGUUGUAGUUGAAUGUAGCUUUGAAAUGAUUUAGCAAAAAGUAGAUAUGCGGUAGAUUUUGUAGCAUUCUGGAUGCAGUUACUCGUCACAGGACAAUUUUAAUCUGGGGGGGCGGGGGCGCAGAAAACUUGUACAUGUCGUCACAGAUGAACAGAUUCUACCGCCCUUUUAUUUGACUUGACACGUGGGAAUAAGUGAUGUUUGUCUCCCUUUCACGUAUCGUUCCUUUUACACGGCCACCUGGGGAAGGUUCUUUCACUUACAAUGAAUUUUAGGGCUUCUUCACAUUUUAAAACCCCACAUGUCGUCGCAUGAGUUGAGAACUAACAAGCUCAGGUAUUGAAUUGCGUGUUGUGUAAAGCGAAUCCCACACAGCCGCUUAAUCCCCUCGCUCAGCGUUUCCUGUAAUGCCGGGAAUACGGGCGUGUCAGCGGAAUAUCCACCCCGCUCGGCAUUGGAAGCGCGGCGGGGGCCAGGGAGAUGGAUGUGGAAUGAUUGAAUUCAAAUAGUGUGCCACGAGUACACUUGAUCUGUCAUUGACCCUUACUGAGUCUGAAGGCGCUAACACAGGAUUCUGUGACUGCAUGUACAGAACGGACUUCAAAUUCCCAUGUAGCUUUUUUCUUAAGAACAAAAAGAAAUAUUAUAUCUAUAUACUAUGUUUUUGAGAAUGUAUCAUGUUAUACUGUGAAUUGACUUAGAUAUUUUAUUGCCCAUUGUAUUGAGUUUUCAUUGCCAUCAUAUACUUUAUCUAUACAUAAUAUAUAUGUACAAACAAAUAUAUACAUAUAUAUACAAACAAGUAUAUAUAUAUAUAAUGAGAUAUGUUUGAUAUACUUGGAGGAAGUGGAAGUAGAAAUAGUUUUAAAUGUUUUAGCUUUGUAGCAAUUCUAGACUCUGGAGACAUUUUUGAAUUUUGAUUCCUCCUAUAUGACUGUGAAAACAUUAGUGCCUGUGAAGAAAAAACAAGUCUAAUAUCUGUUUUCAUCUACUCAUUCAUCCUUCCGUCCAUACUUUCAUCUACUAUUUUUUAUUUUUUUACCGAUACUGUAAUACUACCUAAACACAUGUAUUUUGCCCAUGUUGUAUUGUUUCCUCAUUGCUGCCUCUGUCCUUUUGACCAUUUAUCCGUUUGUCAUAAUUUGUUGUUAUUCUUUUCAGUGUUUGUCACCACGGCACCAUUGAUUUCAACAACGUACCUCUGGAAUUUUCCUUUUAAGAAUUUUUUGAUUUUUUUAAAUCUCUCUGUUACAUCUCUGUAUGUUCUCUCAGUUAGCAAAAAACAAAACAAGAAAAAAACAGAGACCAGUAGCUACUGUGUUCCUGCUUCUAUCAAUUGAUUAUUGAACAUGAUGAUCAAUUAAAGUUAUUAUGUAAUUGAGAAAUGACUGAAAAUGUGACUGAAGAGUUGUACCUGAUGACCAUGACACUGCGAGUCUGGGCUGUACUGUACACAACUCAUUGUUACGAGGAUAAAUAAUGUAGUUUAAAGGGGCCGUUCACACUUAAAGCGUUCUUGUGUCCCCCAAAUUCUUGCUAUGGCUAGAUGAAUGUCUUUAAGCAUUUUGCGUCUUUGUUUUCUUUUGUGUCUUGCGCCAUAAGUGCUGCAUUUUUGCGAUUUCAGAGUUCAGGUUUUAUAUACACAUAUUAGACACCGCCAUCCAGCUAUAUUAAAAUAAAAAAUGAGUUCUCUGUGAACGCCCCCUGAUAUAAUCUUACGUUGGAUUGGAGGGUACAGUUUAUAGGCAGUAGAUAUGUCGUUCCCAUUGUCAAACAAACACUCACCAAAGGCUUCACUCCUUCCUGUUUUGACUGUAUCAUAUAAUCAUAGCAAAAUGUGCACAUUGUGAAAUAGACAGAGUACGAGGUUGGAUAUUGUUGGUAAAAGUGUCAGUGGUGGUAAAUGUUUGGCUGGGAAAUUAAAAUGGCAUAUAUUGUGUUAAGGGCUGGUCGGCUGCUGCUUUAAGUUCUUUGUUUGUAUGUUUGUCAAUACACGAGAGAAAAGCAACUGAUACAAUGACAAGAUUGAGGUUUAUAUCCUGUGUGCUCCUCUUUUUUUUUUUUUUACCAAAAAGGCCAACUACAGCAUAUCAGGAACUGCUUUUUACUGAUAUACAAAAAAAGAUUCCGUUCUGUCAUUAAAAUUUUUCAUAUUUUCAAAUCUGAUGGCUCCUCAGCUCACCAAAAGUGGAAUUAUGGGAUAGCAAAGUGUGUUGUUUGCCUGAAUCAUGCACUCUAAAAAUGCUGGGUUAUUUUGAUCUCAGCAUUUGGUCAAAGUAGGACAAAUCCAACCGUUGGGUUAGAUUAACCCAAAACAUAUUUAUAUUUGCAACCCAGAACAGUUUAAUCUAUAAACCAACGGUUUGGUUCGUCCCUUUUUGACCCAACGUUGGGUUGAAAAUAACAGCAUUUUUUUCUGGGUGUGAAUACUGAGUAUUUGAACAUCCUGCUUAUUUGUCAUCCAGUUGUGCAAACUGUGUAGCACUGUGCCUGGAUCUCAGUUUAUUUUUUGGAUUAUUCAGCGCAUAUCUAACACACAUACACACACACAUACUGCAGGGCUGGGCAUUUAUGAUAUAGCACCAAUCCUGCAGGUGUUCUCUCUCUCUCUCUCUCUCUCUCUCUCUCUCUCUCUCUCUCUCUCUCUCUCUCAAGAGCUUAGAUUCCGAGUGACUCCAGGUAGCUGUAGGGACCAAGAUGUGAGGCAUUACUUGACGGACAGCUCGGUGGAUAAAAGUGCAGCUCUCCUCACUUGAUCACAGCUGAGGCAAGAUCAGUGUGUGCAUGUGUGUUUGUGUGAAAGCAGGUCAGCUCCUGUGAUUGAACACUACAUGCUUUACUUAGCCUACAUUUAUUCCAUUAACUGCUGCUGAAGACCAUCAAUGAUGUUUGAGAUGUAUAGGUGGUCUGUCGUUUUAGUGUUGCUGCUGGAUAAGCAUGUACACUUAUUAUUCUGUCCCUACUGAUUUCACUCUUACUUUUGAGUCCUCCAUCACAUUCAUAACCAUAUGAUCCCAUCUCAUCAUUCGAAAUGCAGAAGGAAAAGAAAGAGAAAUGCUUUUAUUUCUGAACAAAAAUCUGUGUUGUUUAUUUUUAAUAUUGCUUGGACAUUUUUUUAUUUCUCACUGCUGAAAAUGUUUUUAUUUGUGUCGUGUUAUCGGCACUGUAAGCAACGGCAAUGCAAGUGUGUAUGUGUGUGUGACAUACACAUAUAUACAUAGUUGAGAAUAUGUAUGACCUUUGUACUGUACAGUCCAGACGGGAUGCUUCCACCAAUCAGAGUUUGCUUUGUUAUGACAUCACGUCCUGGAAAAGGGUUUGAAGGGGUCAGUGCUAAGAAUUGCUUCAUAAAGAAUACUUUGUUUAAAAAUCGUAUCGCCUGCUGGCCUUUGCUUAUUUAUGCUCAUUACUGUAUUUGUCUGUCAACAUGAGAAUUCUUGUCUGCUGGGGGAAGUAAUUCUCUUGUACCUUGGUUCAGACUUAUACCCGCUUUUUGUUGGCAUCUCUCUUCACCUCCUCCUCUCUCUUAUGUUUUUGAUGUGAGCGUAGCUUUGAUCUUUGAAGACUAGAUCUGACCUUAUAUAAGAUACCAUCUCUGUACAAGAAUGCGUGGCCCAUUUUUCCUCAUAGAAACUGUGAUCUUGCUCUUGUAAGUUGAACUGCCAUCCACAAACAUCCACCUAGACACGAAACAUCAAUCUGAGUUUUUCCACUGUAGAUCAUGGGUUAUGUCUUCAUACUUUUAUUGAGGAAAACGGUCAUAACGGUAGAUUGAUUAAGUGUCAUGCUGACCAGGACAGAACCCAACAUGUACUUUUAUUUUGUAUAGAUGAAAUACAAGCACAUCAUAAACAAAUAAUGAUGUCUGAGCUUUGAUGUUGGAUCUUUAUUCUCAUUGUACCCACUUACUCUGGAAGCUGUGUUUUAUGCAUAUCUGUGUUUUAUGCGUAUGCAGUGUGCACAAGAUAGUCACAGCGUUGUAUAUCUGUUGUUAUCGGAACGCUUUUAGCCUCGUCUCGGGAGUGCUUCUCUGUAGAUGAUCCAUCUCUGUGGUGUGCUGAUGUCUAUGCAUCGAUCAACACUGAGCAGCGUUAUGUCUCGCCAAAGCCGCGCGAGUAUGAAGAGCUUGUGCUGCAGCGCAGCAGAAAGCGAGUCUUUGCUUAUCCUUUCACUAUAGCAUCAAUGCUCAGAUUAGCACUGCACGUUUGUAUGAGGGAGACGAGAGAAAUAAAGAAAGUGCGGUAGCAGAAAGAUGGAUUUAAAGCUCACCUUAAACACACAUACACAUUUACGCACUUUCACAUCCUGCACAUGAUAGAAGCUGCAAUGUUCCCUUUUUCAUCAUUAGCCCUGCGUGCCGCAGGCUGCACCAGCGCAGAGACUUGAUCUCUCAAUAAAAAAAAAGCAAAGGAAAGGAAUAACGGAGAGCACCUUGGCGUCUUUUCAUCCACAAAGCAAAUCAUGUUAGAACUUUUUCUUCAUCUUUUAUUUCUCUCUGCUAGGGUCGAGCGAGGAAUUUCCCAGAAUUGACAUGCCACGGUGCUCAUCUCUCACCAUUAUUGACAUCAGCAUUAAUAUCAAUUUGUCUCGCAGGACUUUGCUGCUUCUCUUAUUGAUAAAACCAUUGUGUGGUUUAUUUAUUUAUUUAUUUCGAACAAAAUAUAUAUAUAAAACAGACACACACGGAGUCUAUGUUGGCGUGUAACAAAAACAAAAUACAUAAAACAUUGAAUCACAGGAAUCUGCAACAAAAUUUGAAGUAAGUCCGAAAAUGCUGGUAAUGUUGCACAUGGCGCAGAGGCAAUUCAAGUUAAUGUUUUUCCCGUAGUUUUGAAUUUUUAAAGGCCAUUUAAUUCUCUGCCAUAUGCUCCCAACUAUAUACACAUCAAAAGUAAAUAAGAGAGGUCUGUGAUUUAUUCAAAUGGGAUCGUUAUGAGACGGACCAGCAUAAAACAGUUCUGUGGGAAAGCAUUACAACUCUGCUGGUGUCCUCUGGUUUCCAAAAGCAAUGUUUCUGAAAUGUAAUUUGUGUCUAAUUUUAUUUGAAAGUUGGAGAAGCAAGACCAGACAGAGGCAAAUUUGGAUGUUUUCAUUUUGCCGUAAUAGAUUCGCGUAAUUGGUCAGACGGUGGUCUGGAAAACAGAGAAAGACAGAGGAGGAUGAGGAAUUGUAAAGGCUGGGGGAUUGUCUAGAUAUAGAUUGUAUAGAAUUUUUCCUCUUCAUUAGUGCAGCGUCAAGACUAAUAAGCUGAUGGCGUGUGGCCAGUAUGAACUCUCUUUUUACAAUGGAGAGAAAAAGAGGUGCACUUUGAUAUUGAAUACUUUUAUACUUUUACAGUCAAAACUGUCAAGGCUUGCGUGGCGGAGAACCCAAUUGCAGGCAACCAGGACAUAAGGGGUUAACAAAUAAUAUAUUUAUUGAAAACAAAAGUAGAAAACAAAACACCCACGAUGGGGAAAAACCAAGAAAACAAGAUAACAUGCAGCAGACAGGACACAGAUUAACUAAGACUGGGUAAACUGAACAACACUAGACAAACGCUAAAUAACAGACUUACAAAACUCGACUUGACUUGGAAUAUUAAACAGACCACUGGUACGGACAGGAACAAGAACAACGAACGAGCACAGGACAAUGAAACAAGAGGGUAUAUAUAGGUAAGACAAACGAGGGAUAACGACAUGGGGCAGGUGUGGUUAAUCAAACACUCAGGGAAGGAUAACAAGGAAACGAGAGGAAUGGGGCCAAUGACAAGACACUGGAGAGAACGUAUAUUAUUGUCAAACGGACAAUAAUAUGUUUCUCUCCACACAUAACCUAAGGACUCUGCCCCGAUCCCACCACACGACUAGAAUUUCAUAAACAAGACGG